AUGCUUUUGAAGGACUCGGUCACUUUCAAGCUGACUAAUGUCAGGUGCGAAUCCUACAACAAGUCCUGGGUACUAAUUAAUGAGUGUCGUCUGAAGGCCAUAAACAGACACCGGAUUGUCUUCAAUUUCAAUGCAACUUUCAUACAUCCAACGAGGAAUAUCUUUGUGUUCUACCAGAUGUUUAAGCGGGAAAGUGGCUAUAAGCCUUGGCUGUUUAAAUAUUCAAUAGAUUGUUGCCGCUUCCUGAAGGCCCCCUUUAAUCCUUUCGCCAUUAUGGUUUACGAUCUUUACAAGGACUUUUCCAACGUCAAUCACACCUGUCCACUCUUCGGUGACAUUUUGAUAAGGGGAAUGUAUCUCUCAACUGCAGUGAAAAUUCCACCCUUUCCCACGGGCAACUAUAUGCUGUCAUCGGUUUGGAGUUUUUAUGGAAAUCCCCAAUUUGGGGUUAAUAUUAGUUUUGAUUUUGUGGAAAAUCUUGUAAAAUAA